AUGGAGUCAAGGAUGUCAAGGUUGGUUCCGGUAAGGAGUAUCGACGAGGGCGACUCUCAUGACGAUAGCAGGGAUAGAAUAAGUGCUUUCGAGUUGAAAAGUGGGAAUGGGUUUCUAGAGGAAGAGGUUGUUGGUGUUGAAGAUGAGGUUGAAGAGGAUGAAGGAGAGGAUGAGGACGAGGAUGACGAGGGGAGUGAGGAGAGGAGUGAUGAGUAUUGGUUAGCUGUGAGUAUUUUUGAUGGGAACUUUGAUGGUGUCAAUUAUAAGGAGUAUGCUAAUUAUCUUGGUAGUCCAGAUAGAUUGCCUGUUUUGAAAGAGUUUAUAAAGUUGUUACAGCCAUUACCAAAUGACUUGUUGGGAGCUCUGGGGAAACUUUCGAGCAGACUGUAUUUUAUAGCAGAAGCUCAAAAUAUAGAUAGAAUAUUGGAAGAGUUAAGCGGACAAUGGAUGAGCACUCAUACUUCGACCAUCUGGGGAGAUAAUAACAGUUGGUGCCAUAUUGUCUUGUUCUCAUUACUGUUACUGAACUCAGAUUUACACAACGAUGAAAAUAUAGGGAAACAGUCAAGGUUUACUUGUAAAAUGUUUAUUGAAAAUACGUUGUAUGCUUUGCGCAAAGAUUGUGAAAGAGAAUCAAAGGAAUUGUCAAAGGAGAGAGAACAAGACAUUUCUCAAGAACUGGCGAUUUUUUACGAGAAUCUGAGGUUCAAUCCAUUGCCGCUGUUUACAAGAGUAGAUAAAUCGGCCCCUUCAGUGAUCAGUAAUAUCCAUAGACGACAAAGAAGGUCCUCUGGCUUUUCUACAAAAAGUCCAAGUAUUCAUAGUCUGAGCAGUACGAUCUCACACGGUUCAUCGAUGGCACUUGAAUCACAUACAACUUCAAAUUGGAAGUUUCAUCAUAAUUUGCCUUUGCCUAUUCUUUACCUAAAGGAGAACUUUGAUAACGAAUUUGUAGGUGUGAACGGGACAUUUUGGACUAUGGAUGGUGUGUUGUCAAUCGCAGAGAAAAAAGAGAGUAAGAAUCGUAGAAGUGAUGAUCAGUUGGCCUCUACUGCAGAAGUUAAAUCAAGAAAAACUCCAAGAAAGCUUCUGUUUAGUUGGUUGAAAAAGAGUAAAAAACCAUCAAUUUUUGAAGAAUCUAAUUCCCCAGUGGCUUUCUUGAAUGAACACUCACAAUGGUCAAGAGCCAGAAUAAGAAUCACCGAAGGUAGAAUAUUCAUAUUCAAGUUGAAGAACAAUUAUAAAGAUGCAUUUUUGAAAGAACAAACAUUAGAAAGUAUGAAAGCAUUGUCAUCCAGCUAUGUCGUUUACAACUUGUUCGAAGCACUAGCCGAAGUUGUUCAAGAAAAUGUCGUGAUAGGUACAUUUCCAUCUAGCAAUAAUAUUCUUUCUAAUAGGGGAAAUUUCACAAUUACGAUUCCAAUGGGUCUUCAUGAGUACAAAGUGUCCUUAGAAUUCCAAACGGAUACAGUCGAGGAAGCAUAUGCCUAUGUUCAAUCGAUUAAUUUCUGGGCAGCAAGGUUAACUCCAGUUCCGUCUGCAGAAUUCGAAAUUGUCUCUAAUGAUGAAUACGGGUGGGGUUCAAAGCUAUUAAGAGAACGUGAAAAACAUAAAAAGGAGAACCCAACUGACCGCAACCCGAUUACAAAUGCAAAGGUAUCAGUGUGGUAUCCUCUGUUGUCAUUAGACCUUCUAUACAACGAAUUUGACAAUAUAGCUGAUCAAACAGAAUUAAUCAAACGAUUACAGGAGAUACGAGAAUUCACUGAAAAAUUAGAAUGCCUAAUUGACAAGCAUAACGAAAUGAAGCCAAGGAUGGUAUCUGCAUGGGCUGGAUCUCCAUAUUUCGAAAAAGUAAUGGACAAUUGGAACAGAAGAUACUUAUAUCUCAACAAACAAUAUGAAAAGACUAGCAUCUACAUGAAAUCGUUAACUCUAGCUUCAGAAAUUAUCUGA